AUGAUAAUAUUUAGUAUUUCAGCACGACGCGCUGAGUUCGCACAUACGGCUGCUUUUUGCAAUACAGUGACGGGUAGAAAUCGAAACUAGAAUGAAAGUCAAGUAUUUCAUUUUGCUGUUGUGCUUUGUAGGCGAUUUGUCAGAUGCUCAAAAUGAUGUUUUAGAAACAUCAGGUAAUACCCACCCCUUCAAGAAAAUUGGCGGAAAGUACUAUAUAGUAUUUACUGGUGCAAAGAUGAAUUGGUUUGCGGCCGCGCACCUCUGUCAAACAUAUAACAGUGAUUUAGCCACAAUCGAUUCUGAAACCGAAUUGAACGAUCUCAACUUUUAUUUGACCUCAAAUGGUCAAAUAGGUAAAUUCUUUUGGUUUGGUGGCACCGAUUUGGCAGAAGAAGGCAGAUAUGUCUCACUCAGCACUGGACGGCCUAUGAUUUAUACGAAAUUUGCUGCCGGACAGCCAGACAAUUACCAAGAAGAGGACUGCCUUCACCUUCAGGCUUUUAAUAAUAUAUUUUAUAUGAAUGACUAUCCAUGUACAGGAGAUGGUUAUCCCAUUUGUGAAAUGCGAAGAAUGUCUAAAACGUGUGCCCAAGACACCUGUGAGGAUAUUUCUACGAGCUGUGCUUUAAAGACACUCGUUCAAGCGUAUUUGAGAGCGGAAAAUACCUUUAGUUGCAGGGAGUAAAUAAAGUACUAUAAUAUAUACUAAUGACUUCAGUUUUAGCUAAUUCCAUAAAAUCUAAUGCAAUGGGAACGUAUAAAUCCAAAUAAAAAUUAUAAUUGCGAACUUUUAAGCAGAAUCGAA